GGCGCGGGGCCCGAGGGGCUCGAGCCGAGGGGGCGGGGCCUCGGCGCGCGCUCCCUGCGAGCCCGCCCCCCGCCUCGCGCCUCCCGCCCGGGAACCGGCAGCCGUUGCCCUGGUAACCGUGGCGCCGCGUCUCCCUGAGAGAGUUGCUGUCAGCCCGCGGAUCCCAUCGCCCGCUCCCCAUUGCCCCGCUCUUUUCGCGUGGGCUCAAGGCGGAGGGACAAGAAAAAUGGCGGAGCGGAGCCAGCCGGCGCCUGAAGCAGGCAAUGAUACAGGAAAUGAUGAUGCCAUCGGAGGGAAUGUGAGCAAACAUAUGGUGUUUCCAAGUGGAUUCUGUGGACAGCCCAAAAAAGGACAUCUUAUAUUUGAUGCUUGUUUUGAAAGUGGUAACCUUGGGCGAGUAGACCAGGUCUCUGAGUUUGAGUAUGAUCUGUUCAUUCGUCCAGAUACCUGUAAUCCACGCUUUCGAGUUUGGUUCAACUUUACUGUUGAAAACGUGAAAGAAUCACAGAGAGUCAUUUUCAACAUUGUUAACUUUAGCAAAACCAAGAGUCUUUAUAGAGAUGGGAUGGCCCCUAUGGUGAAAUCUACCAGCAGACCAAAAUGGCAAAGACUGCCUCCUAAAAAUGUUUACUACUACCGCUGUCCAGAUCAUAGAAAGAAUUAUGUGAUGUCCUUUGCGUUUUGUUUUGACCGGGAAGAAGAUAUUUACCAAUUUGCAUACUGUUACCCCUAUACAUACACUCGCUUCCAGCAUUACCUUGACAGCCUGCAAAAGAGAAACAUGGAUUAUUUCUUUCGGGAGCAGCUUGGUCAGAGCGUGCAACAGCGACAGCUUGAACUCCUGACAAUAACCAGCCCUGAAAACCUUCGAGAAGGGGCAGAGCAGAAGGUAGUAUUUAUCACGGGGCGAGUACACCCUGGAGAAACACCCUCUUCCUUUGUUUGCCAAGGGAUCAUUGACUUCCUCAUAAGUCAGCACCCUGUUGCCCGUGUGCUACGGGAAUACUUGGUCUUCAAGAUUGCACCAAUGCUCAAUCCCGAUGGAGUCUACCUUGGCAAUUACAGGUGCUCUCUGAUGGGUUUUGACCUGAACCGUCACUGGCUGGAUCCCUCUCCAUGGGCCCACCCUACACUGCAUGGGGUGAAACAGCUCAUUGUCCAGAUGUACAACGAUCCGAAAACCAGCCUGGAGUUUUAUAUUGACAUCCACGCCCACUCCACCAUGAUGAAUGGCUUCAUGUACGGCAACAUCUUUGAGGAUGAGGAACGGUUUCAGAGGCAGGCCAUUUUCCCCAAACUCCUCUGCCAGAACGCUGAGGACUUCUCCUAUUCCAGCACAUCCUUUAACCGUGAUGCAGUCAAAGCAGGAACUGGCCGUCGCUUCCUUGGGGGACUGCUGGACCACACUUCCUACUGCUACACCCUGGAGGUCUCCUUCUACAGCUACAUCAUUGGGGGCACCACAGCUGCUGUUCCCUACACUGAAGAAGCCUAUAUGAAACUUGGACGGAAUGUGGCGAGAACGUUUUUGGAUUAUUAUCGGCUGAACCCCAUGGCAGAGAAAGUGGCGAUUCCCAUGCCGAAGCUGAGGAAAGAAAAACCCCCUACCUACAAGCACGCACCUCUACGGGACUCGGCCAGCAGCUGUCCCAAUGGCAAAGAGGACAAGAAGAAUUCAGUGAACCACAAAGACCCUUCAAAUUCUUUUUAAAGACAUGAGAUUGAGCCAAAGAAGUCUUGUGGAGGCAGAUGUGCAUUUCCUGAUGGGGGUGGGAAUGUGUGUAAAAUUAAUCACCCAUCUCUAGUUUUCAAGAUAAGAAUUGUUGGGAUAAUGAAUAAGAUAGUAAAAGAGAAAGGGGAAAUGAGAAAUUUCGUCAUCGGUUGUUUUCCUUUUACCAAGGGAAAAAUCAA